AUUUUUCGGUGGUUGUAAACGAUGACAACAGCGUCGAUGAAGGUCGUUGGUGAUUUAAAUGAGAUUCGUGCUUGAUUUGUUUAGAAAAAACUACUUUACGGUUGAAUCAAGCAGGUGUGUGACAGAUGUUCAGACAAUUGACAAAGCAUUUGGUGACCAGUCUGUUUUUACAAUAACAUGGAAGUGAUUUACCUGAUGUCUUGCGGAUAAUGGUAGAAAUCCUGACAUAAUGGAUAUCAUGAUUUGCUGUAUAUGUCACCAUGCAGUUGAAGACAACCAAGGCUCUAAACUUACAGUAAAAGGAUGCAGUGGAAUAAAUUAUGCUAGCUUGAAGAGACAGGAUAAUGUUCAGGCUGUUCCAGGAAAUUUUGUUCACAUUGCAUGUCGAAAGACGUACACAAAUGCUAAUGUUAUUGUUCGCGAUACAAAAGAAAACCUUAGUCCAAACACCAGAUUUGUGAGGUCUAAAGCUGAUGUAUUGAAUUUUCAAGAACAUUGUAUAUUUUGUGGUAAUUCUGCUAAAUACAAUGACAGAAAACGCGGUUUGGAUGUUUUUCCAGUAAGGACAUUAGAGUUUCAAAAAACUAUAACAGAGUUGUGUUCAGCUAGAGGAGAUGAUUGGGCUGAUAAGUUCCGGGGCAAGAUAGAAUAUGUAAAUGACCUACCAGCAGUUGAUGCAGUUUACCACCAGUCCUGUAGCAUCAAUAUUAGAACAUUUAAAGAUAUGCCAACAAAUUUCCGCAGUGUUACCGAACCUAUGAGGAUGACAUCACCAAUACGAGGCAGACCCACGAACGAAGCAGCACAUCUAGCUUUUUAACAAGUGAUCUCAUCAUUAAAAGAAAGUGACGAUAAGCAAAUAACAGUUACAGAUUUAGUUGACCAAAUGAAAAAUAUCUGUGGAGAACAUGCAUAUGGUGUACAAUACACUAAGCAGAAAUUAAAGGAACAUUUUGUUGAUUCAGUUAUAAUCACAGACAUUAAUGGGAAAGUAGAUGUGGUCACCUUUACAAGAACUGCAGCUUCAAUAUUACAUGACUUUUAUUCACAAGGAAAGUUAGAUAAUGCCGAGGCCCAAAAAGUGACUCUUUUAAAAACAGCAGCUAAGUUAAUUCAAAAUGAUAUCAAGGAUGUAAACAGUGACAAAUCAGUUUAUCCAAAUCCGGAUGAUAUCGCCAAUAAGCAGUUUGUGCCUGAAAGCUUAUUAAUCUUUUUAAUAGAAAUAUUUUCGGAGAAGGAUUCUGAUGUAAAAUUGUGCUCAAUAGGUCAAGCCAUUAUGCAAGCUUGUCGACCUAGAACUAUCAUAGCUCCAUUACAGUUGGGGUUGGCUGUUCAGCUCCAUCAUCAUUUUGCGUCAAGGUAUCUCAUUGAUGUGUUGAAUAGCCUUGGAUUUUGUGUGUCUUACUCUGAAGUGCAGAUGUUCGAGUCAAGUGCAGUUUUUUACAAACAAUACAAAUAUUGAAAACUAUCAUGAAGACAUGUUCAUUCAAUAUGUGGGUGACAAUGUUGACCAUAAUCUACGGACUUUGGAUGAACACAAUACCUUUCAUGGUAUGGGUAUGAUUGCCUGUGUAACACCGGGAAACUUUGGCUAUAAACCAGUGACAAGAAGGCGCAUUACAACUGAGGAUCUCUUGUCAAUUGGAAGGAUAAAUAAACAAUAUUACACAGCACCAUGUAAUUCAAAGCCUUCACUGAAAUUGUCAGAGACAACAUUACAGAAUAAAACUCGUAUAUAUGAUGCUUACAACAAAAUUUCAUUUCUUGCGCAGAUCACUUGGCCACACAGAAAACCUGGACCCGAAUGGUCAGGACUUAUGCAGAUGAUAAGUAAAGGUGAACACCCAGGUAAAUCAUCGGUUAUCCUGCUACCUAUGAUUGAUAUGGAUCCGAACGACAUGUCAUGCGUUUUCACAACGCUUCAGUAUAUUUCCAGCCAUGCAUACAAGUACAAGCAAACCGCGGUUGUCACAUUUGAUCAACCAUUGUAUUGGAAAGCAGUAACAAUUGUAUCCAAAGCUUAUGAUGGUACUUUGCUAAAGGACAUGGUAGUUCGACUAGGCGGAUUUCACUGCAUAAUGAGCUUUCUGGGAUGCAUUGGCCAACUCAUGUCAGGCACAGGAUUGAAUGAAUUGUUUGAAACAGUGUAUGCUCCAAAUACUGUGCCACACAUUAUGAGCGGGAAAGCAGUUGCAAGAGCUGUUUGCGGACACUCGUUAGCCUCAACUGCCCUAUGUAUUCUUUUGAUGCGUGAGGAAAUAAUUAGUUCUGUAGAAAACCCUAUUGAUGACAAUAACAACACAACAGCAACUCCAAGUAAAAAAAACUGCAAUAAUGAAGAAAGUACAUUUGAAGGAAUUAGCUACACUGUGUCUCCCAGCAUGCAAACAAUGACUGACCUCUAUGAAAAGCUUGUAUCUGGUAAAAAUCUACCACAAGAUGUGUAUGACAAUGAACUUUUAGAAAAGUUAUUUCGAUCCUGGUUGGACACAAAAUCUCGUCUGAAAGUGUACCCAACAGCAGCAUUGUGGAUCCAGUAUCUGGAAAUAAUUGACAUCUAUAGACAGUUUGUAUUUGCUGAGCGUAACUGGUAACUGGGAAUUGAGUCUGCAGUCCCUUCAUGAAAUGUUACCGUAUUUUGCUGCAGCAGGACACAACUUAUACUUGAAAUCUGUAUACCACUAUUUGGAAACUAUGAAGAAACUUCCCGAAAGCCAUCCAAAUGUUUGUCGAGCAUUUCAAAAUGGUUUACAAGUUGUGAGACGAAGUGACAGAUAUUGGGCAGGCUUGUCACCAGACCUCGUUAUUGAGCAAGUCCUAAUGAGAAGUGCAAAAACUACAGGUG